AUGACCAUGAUCACGAUAGAAGAGGAGGACAUGAUGGAUUCGCCUACACAAGAUCUCUUGCAACCGAGAUUUAGAUCCCAUGCUCCAUCCCGGCCUCCCAACCCAAGUGCUAGCGACAAUCAACUCUUUCCGACUGAUAUUGAUCAAAGUGCCUUGCUUGGGCAGUUCUCUUUUGCUCCAGCGACCCAGACAACCAUCGUCACCACUACCACCACUACCACCACAAAGUUUCCCCCCUUCUUGAUGCGGCCACCACGCCGGAUGCAAGAAUUGGAUCUCAAGCACUAUCCUCUGGCGGCAAGUCCUACGCCAGCCCAUCUGAGGAACAUACACUUCGAGAUUGGUGGUAGAUCGACUGUCUUCCGCGAAGCUGAAGACACAACUCUAGCCCUAGAGCAGUUGGAAGCCGAAAGACAAUCACUUCGCCGUGCAAACGGAUCUCUCCAAACAGUUCAACGUUCUUUGCCAUGUCCAGAUAUCUCUGAUGAACCAAUCCCAAGCGCACCACCUUUGCAGACUCGACCCCAAAGAAGACCUGCCUCACCCGAGUCGAUAACCGACAAUGAAGAGCAUCUCAAUCCCUCCUUGUCGUACACCUCUCAUCACCCAUCCUCCUCCAUCAGAACAGAUUCGAGACGGGAUCUAGAUCUCCGACGAUCUCAUCUUCACAUGCACGACGCUCAGAUCUCCAACCCCAUAACACCGGAUAGUCUCCAAAGACCUUCAAGAAGCAAUCGUCGGAGAUUAGCUCGAGACGCGUCUACCGUUGCAAGAAGUAGCCUGACACUGCUUCCUUCGCCAGGAACAGAGCAACUCGCCACUUUUGCACCUACUCAAAGUUCUACACCCAAGGCGCCUGAACACCAGACGUCAACGACUGAUACCACGCUCAGCCUUCCCAUCGAUAGCACGGUUGCGAGCCGUUCAAGCUUUGGAGAGUCUUCUCAAGAUCUUAUAGUGCCCACUCCCCCAAUCGAAGAUACAGCAGAGUCGUCUUCCGCACGCUCUGCGAGUUGGCGCGCUCUUUCCUCAGUACCAGCUCGCUUACAUGUCGCCGAUAGCCCUUCUAUCAAUGAUGGAAGCCUACCAAGUCCUAGUUUGUCUCCUGUCACAGCCGCAGCAACUCUGCAGAAUCCUGGCUAUUUUGCCGACAUUGACUCGAGUUCGGAUGUCGCUUCCCAGCAUGAGAUCGCGUCCAGCCUGACUCCCAUUGAACGCCGCUCUUCAGACGCCUUUACUGCUCCUAGCAUGGAAGCGAUGUUUUUCCGUCGAUCCAACAGCCAAGGUCUCACAUUUUCUCGGAGUUCUGUCACUGAAAUUCCGGCCAUGCUGGACUACUUCGAGGCCAUCCCGGACGAAUUGAAAAGUUAUGUCAUGCACCAGCUACUACGCCGCUGCCCUAAGCCAACCCUUCAGAUUGUAGCAGACGCAGUUAAUCCUGCCCUGAAGUGUGAUUUCCUCUCGGUCUUACCCGCUGAGCUCGCUCUUACUGUUCUCAAAUACCUGGACGUUCGGAGCUUGACUAGAGCCUCACAAGUCUCCAAGAAAUGGCGACAAAUGAUCAAUGGUGAUGAGCGAGCAUGGAAGGAACUCUUCGAUGCCGAUGGUUUUACUCUUCCAGAUGGAGAAUUACAACAAGCCAUCACAGAGGGAUGGGGUUGGCAAGAUCCUUGCGGUCCAGAAGGCUUCGAGCAAAAUCUGAGCAAUGCAAGCAACGUGAAGUCGGAAAAUGAAGGCAAUUCGUCAUCACCGUCAGCAUCUCAGUCUAAAGGAUUCACUGGACUUCUACGUCGAUCGAAACGCAAGGCCGCUACCAUGCUUUCUGGCCGUAACAAACAAGCAAAGAGAAGGGAAUUUUCAAGCGAAAACCCACUCGAUGUCAUGUCAAUCGACUGGAUGGGUCAAAUGUCUACAGCUGAAGGCCCUUACAAUGCUGCCAACGCCGCCAUUCUCGCAGUGCCAAAUCCAAACAUUAGAUUUCCAAGUCUCAAGGGCUUACACCUAUACAAAUCACUAUACCGAAGACAUCAUAUCAUUAGAAAAAAUUGGAUGACCGAGGAGACGAAACCACAGCAUCUUGCAUUUCGAGCUCACGACACGCAUGUUGUUACUUGCUUGCAAUUCGACACUGACAAGAUAUUGACCGGAAGUGACGACAAUAACAUCAACGUUUACGAAACAAAGACUGGAAUUCUCAGGGCAAUCUUGACUGGCCAUGAGGGAGGAGUCUGGGCCCUCCAAUACGAAGGCAACACUCUGGUCUCGGGGUCAACAGAUCGCUCAGUAAGAGUUUGGAACAUCCAAGAAGCUCGUGAGACCCAAGUCUUCCGUGGACAUACCUCGACCGUUCGCUGUCUGCAAAUCGUAUCUCCUGUCAAAAUCGGCGAAACGGCAGAGGGAAAACAUAUUAUGGUUCCAAAACAACCACUCAUCAUCACUGGGUCACGGGACUCUACUCUCCGUGUGUGGAGACUACCGAAACCUGAAGACCCGUCUUUCAUCCAGGCCGAAAAUGACAAUGAUGCUGAUGACUGUCCAUUUUUCGUCCGCACCCUGACAGGUCAUCAGCACUCAGUACGUGCAAUUGCUGCUUAUGCUGAUACCCUUGUCAGUGGUAGCUAUGAUUGUACAGUUCGAGUCUGGAAGAUUUCCACUGGCGAGACCAUCCAUCGUCUGCAAGGUCAUACAGCAAAGGUCUAUAGUGUAGUCCUCGACCACAAACGCAACCGUUGCAUCAGUGGAUCUAUGGAUAACAUGGUACGAAUCUGGGAUCUCAAUACUGGUUCAUUGAAAUACACGUUGGAGGGACAUACCUCUCUUGUUGGACUGCUUGAUCUCAGUUGUGACAAGCUUGUUUCGGCGGCAGCAGAUUCAACCCUCCGGAUCUGGGAUCCCGAAAAUGGCCAAUGCAAAGCCACGCUGAGUGCUCAUACGGGAGCGAUUACAUGCUUCAAACACGAUGGACAAAAGGUCAUUUCUGGCUCAGAUAGAACUCUGAAGUUAUGGAAUAUUAAGACCGGCGAGUGCACGAAGGAUCUCUUAUCAGAUCUGAGCGGAGUCUGGCAGGUGAAGUUUAAUGAACGUCGAUGUGUUGCAGCUGUCCAACGGGAUGGCUUAACUUACAUUGAGGUGCUUGAUUUUGGAGCGGCACGAGAUGGAGUACCGGAGCACAACCGCGGCAGGAGAAUUGUUGUCGAUGCCGACGGAUGUGAAGCAAAUAACGACGAUGUCGGAUUCCUUGACCUUGACGGCACAGCUGAAGUCUGA